AGUGCUAUCUUUUGUGUCACGGUUGUAAAGUUAGUAGAGUAUUUUGUGAAACGGUAAGAAAAAUCUAGCAUAUUAAUAAUUUAACGCUUAAUAACGAACUAACUCCAUUUUAGACUUGGUAUUUUGAAGAAGUGAAAUGGCAAGUCAACUUAAACACAAAUCUAUGGGGAAGCCACUGUCUCUACAGCCCGUAAAUCAAAAAUGGUAUGAAAGCGUGGUCGAUGACUUCACUUCAAGUAUAUCUAGUAACCUUGACCAGUUUGAUAUAGAAGCAUUUCUGGAAGAUAUAAGAUGUAAGGGACAUGUUAGUGCGUCAACUCCUAAUCACUCUGCCUCACACGAAGAGUCUCCAUUAAAAGUUCGCAUAGCUAAAUCAUCUGUACGUAAUAGCUCUCAAAGACGAACUCAGCAUCUAGAUUCAAACCCGUCGAGCUGGAUAUCUCAGGUAAAAACCGUUAGAAGAGGAAAGGUUCCUUGGUAUAUUCGCCAUUUAAAGAUUCCCUUUCAAGAGUUUCGUUUCGAGCCAGUGCAUCAUGUCAAGCUGGUAAGAGCUAAUUGUGCUUUUCUGAAAAAGACUUUCAGGGAUUAUGCAAUUCGUAGAGCCGAAGAAUGGUCUGAAGCCGCUCUUAUUAUGUCGGAUUUAAUCAAUCCAACGGCAAGUAAAAGGCAAGAUAUCUCGUAA